AUGGUGCCUGAGCGUCAUGUCAUGGUCAUUCUUUGCGCAUUUUGCUGCUUUAUCAAUUAUGCAGACCGAGUCAACUUGUCAGUCGCAAUCAUUGCAAUUGGAGAGGACUAUGACUAUUCGCUCGACCAGCAGGGACUCAUCAUGAGUUCCUUCUUCUUGGGUUAUCUGCCAAUGCAAGUGGGAGGUGCUAUGCUCUGCAGAAGGUUUGGUGGAAAGAAAGUACUCUCAUAUGGUGCGUUCCUUUGGAGCAUGUUCACAUUUUGUACCCCUUUUGCAUGUGCAAUAGGAUUUUAUCCUUUGUUAGUAUGCCGAGUUUUAAUGGGGCUUUCGGAAGGUGUUGCAUUCCCAUCCGUAUAUCAUUUUCUCUCCGCGUGGGUCCCUGUCAAUGAGCGUGGUCGUUCUGUAUCAAUAUUCUUAACUGGGGUCCAUGCUGGGACCACGUUUGCUCUUGUUCUGUCGCCAAUCAUUAUUCGGGUAUGGUCAUGGCAGGUUAUAUUCUACAUUUUUGGAGCUGCCGGGCUAGUAUGGAUCGCGGCAUGGAAUAUACUUGCGCAUGAUCGUGACAGCGAUGUCAAGGUGGGAUCAGACAUAGAGGCCUCUGCUUAUUCGAAGUUGCCCCAGAGUUCCACUCAUGGACUAGUUGACGCCAAUUCUUCUGGCGAACGAACUGCGAGUGCUGUGAAACCUGAGGGGGUCGAGAAGCAACUAGCCCACCCGAUAAUGAGCAAUGGGGUUUCGGUCGUAAGUAGGCAACCAAAAACUUGCGCGCCCAGCGGCCUGUUGCUUCAAGUUUUUUCAUUGUCUGAGAUAUCCUGCAUCCGUUUCAUUUUGACGAGCCCGGAAUGCAUGGCUGUUUGCAUCACUCAAGCCCUAUUUGGGUUUAUUCAUUACACUAUCCUCAGUUGGCUGCCGUCAUAUUUCAAGCACGUAUUUCAUACAGAGACAGGUUCUCUUUCGUUUACGUUUCUACCGUACAUAAGCAUGGCGAUUGCAGCAAACAUUGGAGGCUACGCGGGAGACCGACUUCAGGGGAGGGGGAUGUCGUUGACGAAUGCUCGAAAAGUUGUGACGUUUGUGGCCAACGUUGGAGCGGCGAUUCUAUUGAUUGCCUUUAGUGUUGCAAGCACGGUACCGACAGCAUUGUUGUUGAUUUCGAUGAGCAUGGCCUUUAUGAGUUUAAACUCGGGAGGGUUCGAGAGCUGUUAUUUGGACAUGUCCUCACCGAGUCUGACUGGAACAUUUAAAGCAGUGGCGAACACGAUGGCUUCUUUUGCGGGGCUCGUGGCUAUCCCAUUUUCCACGCUUGUAUUGCGAUGGGCUGAUGGGUCGUGGAGACUCAUGUUUCGUUCCCUGGUUGUAUGGUACGGGAUUUCAACAGUAGUGUUUUGUAAGUAUGCUUCUAGUGAAAAGGUGUUAGUGGAAGAAGACACUCGGUAAAAACGUU